CACUGUCAACUGGGAACGGGACUUCGAAUGGGUCUCCGGAUGGGCCUGUGAGUGCGACUGGAGCUGUCGCUGAGCCUUCGGUUGACAGCUGUCAGUGUCAGUUUACAUAAUUUAUAGAUUUCAGCGCAUAAAAAAGUCAUAAAAUUUACAAUGUUGCUUUCAACAAAAACACAUUCGGGCGAUUCUUCUGAUGCCUUAUUUUUAUGAGGCAAGACAUCAAUUUUCGCACAGCACAGUCUAGCCUGCCUAUAGCAACUACACACACACACACAUAUACACACUAACACUAACACCCAUUUAUAUUUCUCAAUUUUCCAUUCUUCGAAGCAAAAGGAAAAGAUUGUUUGUAUUGCCAUUGGCAUUCGAAAUGCUUUUGAUUUAUUUGUAUUUAUGUGAUUUCCUUCUCAUAGCCAGCUCCAGCGAUAAAUUCUCGCACUCAACAAAAUACAUAAACGAUUUAUAGUUGCAAAAAGCGGGCCAAACAAUAACUAACAAAGCGCAGCGGCAGUGGCAACAAUGGCUACGACGACCCAAAAGGAACUCCAAAUGGAAGAGAAGAAAGGAUUUCGAUGCUAAAUCCCUCAGCGCAGCAUAAAUCUUUAAUGGAAAACCUUUCGCACUUUUAGCUCUUAGAUGUGAUUAAGCCGGGCCGAGAGCUGCUGUCAUAUUUUAUACAAAUAAAAAAAAAAAAUAAAAAUAAAAAAGGUAGAACGAACUUUAAAAAUAUAAUUUUACAAAGAUGGCUGGGAGGUAAUAGUUAAGGUUAAGGUUUCAUAGAGUAUAUCAGCCUGACUAUUCAGUCGAGUCAGACAGACGACGCAUUUUAAAGAAUUGAAAUCAAAGCAAUAUCAAAAUGCCAGAAGAAAUUCCGGAAAAAGAUAGGCCGGCAUAUUCUUUCUUCUUCGGAUCGAUGGGUGCAGCAUCGGCCAUAAUCUUCUCGGCUCUGGGAGCUGCUUAUGGAACAGCCAAGUCGGGCACGGGAAUAGCAGCCAUGGCUGUGAUGAGACCUGAACUGAUCAUGAAGUCUAUUAUUCCGGUGGUGAUGGCCGGUAUUAUAGCCAUUUACGGAUUGGUUGUCUCCGUUUUGAUUGCUGGUUCAUUGUCGGAUACUUAUACCAUUCGAAAGGGUUAUAUCCAUCUAGCCGCCGGACUUUCCGUUGGUUUUGCCGGACUGGCGGCUGGCUUUGCCAUUGGCAUUGUCGGCGAUGCUGGAGUGCGUGGCACUGCCCAGCAGCCACGUCUCUUUGUGGGCAUGAUCCUGAUCCUGAUCUUCGCCGAGGUUCUGGGUCUCUAUGGUCUGAUUGUCGCCAUUUAUCUUUACACCAAGUGAAAGCAAUUUUAUUUACAAAAACAUGGACUUUUAUAAUUUCUAAAAAGAUACAAUCUUUUUGUAGAUUUAACUUUUUUCAAGUUACAAUAAAUCAA